GUAAACAGGAACCUUUGUUGCUGUUCCGUCUAGUUAGUGUUUCUUUCCGGAGCCAUAAUAGAGUGGCACGCAGUCUUUGGAAGAGGGAAGAAAGAAAAUGGCAGGUGCUAAAUCAGCUCUGGUUCUGUGCAUGGAUGUGGGCUUCUCCAUGUCCAACUCUGCUCCGGGUGAAGAGCCUCCCUUUGAACUUGCCAAGAAAGUCAUCCAGAAGUUUGUCCAGCGCCAGGUUUUUGCAGAGACUAAGGAUGAACUGGCUUUAGUUCUGUUUGGCACAGACGCCACCAAUAACCCUCUGGACCAGGACGACCAGUACCAGAACAUCACAGUGCAUCGUCACCUCAUGAUACCCGACUUUGAGCUUUUGGUAGAGAUUGAGAAUCAGAUUCAUCCAGAGAACCAGCAGGCUGAUUGGUUGGAUGCCCUUGUAGUCUGCAUGGAUCUUCUUCAGACAGAAACACAGGGGAAGAAGUGCAAUCGUCUCAACAUUGUCCUCCUGACUGACCUGAACACCCAGGCCAGCCCAGAUAAUCUGGAUGUUAUUAUUGAAAACCUGAAACAAGCUGGCAUCACCCUGCAAUUCUUUUUGCCUUUCCGUCUGGAGGAGGAUGAGGAAGGUGAAGGAGAUGCAGACAGAAGAGACUCUGGCCACCCAGGAACAGGCAAAGGUCUGUCCAGAGAACAAAAGAGCGGCCUGGAGAUGGUGAGACACGUUAUGCUAAGUCUGGACGAGGAGGAUGGCCUGGAAGAAGUUUACAGCUUCAGGGAUGCAAUCGAGCAGCUUUGUAUGUUCAAGCGUAUUGAGAGGAGACCCAUGGCCUGGCCCUGUCAGCUGACCAUUGGCAGCGCUCUCUCUAUCCGUAUUGUUGGCUACAAAGCAGUGACUGAGGAGAAAUUGAAGAAAAUGUGGAUUACAGUUGAUGCUCAAACCACCAAAAGAGAUGACGUGAAGAGAGAGACUGUCUACUGCCUGGACGAUGACAAUGAGACGGAGGUGCAGAAGGAUGACAUCAUUCAAGGUUUUCGUUACGGAAGUGACAUUGUUCCGUUCUCCAAAGUUGAUCAAGAUCAGAUGAAAUACAAACACGAUGGGAAGUGUUUCGCUGUGCUGGGCUUUGCCAAACAGAGCAUGGUACAACGCCAUCAGUUCAUGGGAAAUCAGGUUGUCAAGAUGUUUGCUGCCAAGGAUGACGAGCAUGCAGGAGUGGCGCUGUCAGCUCUUAUCCGAGCGUUGGAUGAACUUCAAAUGGUGGCCAUUGUGCGUUACGCUUACGACAGGCGCAGCAACCCUCAAGUGGGCGCAGCUUUCCCAUGUAUCAAGCAGGACUAUGAGUGUUUGAUGUAUGUCCAGCUGCCCUUCAUGGAAGACCUCAGACACUUUACAUUUCCUUCUCUUGAAAACAAAAAGCUCACUCCAUCAGACGCUCAGCUGUCUGCUGUCGACUCUCUCAUUGACUCUAUGAUGCUGGUCAACAAAGAUGAGAAUGGAGAGCAGAAGGACUUGUUCAAGCCCCACAACAUUCCCAACCCUGCCUUCCAGAGGCACUUCCAGUGUCUGCAUCAUCGGGCAGUAAGCCCCGGUACACCUCUUCCCGCCAUGGAGCCAUGGCUGCAGGCUACUCUAGAUCGCCCUGAGGUCAUUAGAGAACGCUGCCGGGCUCCACUAGAGGAGAUGAAGAGGAAGUUCCCUCUCACUGAAGUUGAAAAGAAAAAGAAACUGAAGACUAGUGCUCAGAUUUUUGGCAAAGAUGCUGAGGAGUCAGAUGCCAAGAAUGAAAAAGACGAGGCAGAGGAGGACUAUAACUUGGCUGACAUUGCUGAAGGCUCUGUCACCUCGGUUGGAAGUGUGGAUCCAGCCCGAGACUUCCGCACUCUGAUCAAGCAGAAGAGUCUUCCGUUCAGAGAGGUCUGUCAGCAACUGACUCACAGGAUCGAGCAGUUGCUUAGCAACAAGGACACACUGUACUACAUGAAAAGUAUCACCUGUAUCCAGGCUUUCAGAGAGCAGUCAGUUAAGCUGGGGAAUGCUGAUCUGUACAAUAGCUACCUCCAGUCCCUGAAAAGCAGCAUCGAAAACAGGGGGCUGGAAGUCUUCUGGGACCUGCUUGUUCAAGAUGCUGUGACUCUGAUCAGCAAAGAUGAGGUGGAAGGAAGCACCAUAUCCAAAACCGAAGCCAAUCAGUUCCUGGUUGCUGAGGAGAAGAAAGAGGAGGCAGCUGCGCCACAGGUUGAAGAUACUGGAGAUGUGGAUGACUUGCUGGACAUGAUGUAAGAAGGGAGGCAGUAGGAGUGUCUGCACUGGACCUUACAGAAAUUCCAAGAAUGCACCCUUACAGCACAGCCAGACCAAACCUCUUUAGCCGUCCUUUGUUCUUUCCUAAACUUUGGAGACCAGUGAAAUUUUUGCAACUGGUGAUAUUCAGUAAGUGCAAGUAUACUGUACUGGACAGUGUUUGGCUCAACUGUAGUUUACACAUGCUUUAUAAAAACACUUUGUUUAGAAUCCACCAAAACUAUUCCUAAUGCUUCAGGCCAAGGAUUUAUGUAUUUUAUUUUAAAUGUCAGAAUUACAGUAACUUCUAUGAAUCUUGCUCUAAUUCAAUGAUUAUUUGCAGUCUUGCUGGAUACUUGAUAUAUUUGUGCACUAGAAACCUUUAGGACUUGACAGAAGACAGCACUGCCGUGUCUUCCUAACUGCAGGUUUAUUAUGUCAAAACAGUAAAGCUUAAUGGUUGAUAAAGAAUGCAUGGCUUGUGUUAUAUUUCUGUAUCACAAAGUACUCAAGAUGAAUACAGCUUUUUCUUCUUC